AUGACUAUCCGAAACGUGACGAGAGGCUUGCGAUGUACGCUUGCGUUUCGCACGCUCCCGAAUGCGCUUCCGGUGCAGGCGUCACUGUGUCGCGUAGAUUGCGCGUUGCUAUCCACGACAUGUGCUCGACGCAAGUCGGGUUUGAAAGCGGAUGGCUCGCGAGCGGAUCAAGCGGAAGCAGGAGCGUCGCAGUCGCUCGACAAGCAAUCUAGGACGUUGGACAGCGUGCGCGACGAUACGCUGUCAGACCCGUACCCUCUGCCAUUUUCGCCCGACAUUGUCGAGCUGAAUUCGGUCAAGACACGUGUCGAAGCAGGACUCGAGUCCAAGUGGUCCGGAGUGAAUCUGGCAUCAUCGCAACAGACGUUGAACCACAUUGAUGCGCCGAUGCGCGUGCCUGGUCGUGACUCGGAAGCGCGCGAAACCAAGAUCGCACGCCUCAUCUACCAAACACGCAAACGCGGCACUCUGGAAACCGACCUGCUACUCAGCACAUUCGCAAAGAAGGAACUCAAAAACCUGCCGGACGCUGAGCUCGACGAGUUCGACCGUCUCCUCGACGAGCCCGAUUGGGACAUCUUCUAUUGGUGCACGCAGAGAAAGCCCAUCCCUGCCCGCUGGGCACACAGCUUCAACACCGCCGGCAAACUCGGCCAUAGGUUGGUCGCACAUACCAGAAACGACGAAAAAGCCGUCCGAUGGAUGCCUGAACUCUAG